AUGGCACCACAGUCGACGAGCCACGCUGGCGUCUUCCUAGAAAGCGAAUGGAUUGGGUCUGGUAAGAAGUUCACAAAAGAUUUACCUGCCUAUGUCAAGACGGCCCUCGAGGCCAAACUUUCGCUGCCACCAGCAAUACUAUCCUUGGUACUACCUUUGCCAAAUGCUACCGUGCACACAAUACUCUCGACAAGCUUCCCUCUCGUUUCUAAUGAAACAAAUCUCUCUAGCCGGAGCACCUUCCACUUCUUCUCGACGGCAGCACCAUCGCAUCCUCAGCUCACACUCUUGCAGAUGCUCGCGACAUCGCCGCCGUCGUCUAGGGCUGGAAAUUCACAACGGCCGCGCAUGGAUGUUCAGGAGGACUCGGAGCUAGUAAAUGUGAACGAGCCGGCAGAAGAUGAAACUCUGUACGCCCUUGCGUGUAAAUCGGACGCUCCCUGA